AUGAAUGAGGGGACGGAAGCUCCCAAUGCCAGGCGAAGGCUACCGUUCUUCCGCAGUGCCCGGGCCCAGCCCGCUCAGCCUAUCGCCCGACGCCGCCAAUCGACCGUUCACUGGCAUCGUGGCAUUCGCUCCUUGUUCUACUUAAUCGCCUUUAUCUUCUGUGUUUUGGUGGAGAUCGGAAAUGUCUCCAACAAGCCCGUUCUACGCGACACCUACUUUCUCUACAUGGAUCUGUCCAACAUCAUUCCCGUCUCGGUCCCCAAUGCGGUCUUGAUCAACUCUAUCGCUCGAUCCAUUGGCCUACACGAUUUCUACCAGGUUGGCCUGUGGAACUUUUGCGAGGGAUACGACGAUGAGGGAAUUACACACUGCUCUAAGCCAGAGACUUUGUAUUCCUUUAACCCGGUCAAGAUUAUCAUCAAUGAGCUAUUGUCGGGCGCCAGUAUUGCGCUGCCCUCCGACAUAACUAGUCCACUCAAGCUCGCCCGACUUGCAUCGCGAUGGAUGUUUGGCAUUUUCCUCGCCGCUACAGUCUUGAAUUUUGUCAUGAUUUUCCUUAGCCCUCUCGCUGUCUCCUCUCGGCCGCCACAAGCGAUCAAGUAUCUGGUCGGCAAAGACCAAUCCAUUAGCAAUGGAGACCCGGGCCGUUUGCCCCACCGCCGUCGCACUUUUAUUUUCCUGCGCUCUUUGCCAUUCCUCUUCAUCACGUUUUUCACGGCGCUGCUGACCAUCGUGGGAUCCGUCGUUGCGACCGUCAUGUUCAUCAUUUUCGCCAAUGUCUUCGAAAAUGCGGAUCCUAGUUUAAACAUCAAGGCCCACAUCGGCAAGCAAAUGUUUGCGUUCAUGUGGGUGGCUUCGGCAUUUAGUCUGUUUGGAUUCAUCAUUCAAUUCGGUGACUGCUGUGCGGCUUGUUGUGGCGGCCGGAAAGCCCGCAAGAAGCUCAAGCAGGAUGGAAUUGUGCUGCGGGAGAAGUCUCCGCACAGCGGUGGGGAUCAUGUGGAUGGGCAUGUUCAGCCACAUGCUGAACCACAUGCAGUUACUACGGAUUAA